AAAAAUCCCCGACUCCCGCCUCCGUGCAUUCUGGAGUACCCAGAAUCUAAACUCAGUUAAACCUUGAGGAUGGACCCAAAUAUAGGACCGAACAGGGUUGAACAUGUCAGCUGGCUCCGUUCCCUCUCUGAGCCUGAGCUUGAUUUGCUGAUCAGCUUAAAGAAGCUUGUUCUUCAAAGGGCAAGAAUGAUGGGAAAAAAAGAACUAGCAGACAAGUUUGACCUCAAGGUGCUUAGAGCUCUUGCGUUCAUUCUGAUGACAUGUAUCAAAAAUAAGGUUACGGAUUUGUCACUUGUUCCAGGCUUAGAAGACUCUGCUGCAUUUAUGGAAACGUGCAAUCUAUUGAAAUGUGACCUUAUUAAUGUUAUGAGUCUUGAAGAGAUAAAAGCAUGCAUUGGAAUUCAUUUGAGAAAGGCAGGAACAAAAAGAUUCUGUAACAGUACAGCACUGAAUGAAACGACUGUAAGUCAGAAGAAACAAAAUUUUGGAACCAAUGGAGUAUGAAAACAGGUUUUGCAGUACAGAGGAAUCCUGACAUUUGUUGAGAUGUUAAGUUUUAAGUAUAUAGGUUACAAAUAUGAUUUUGUACAAUCCCGGUCAUUCACAUUUCAUUGUGUACGUUUUGUUUGUGAAGACCAAACUAUACAUCUCUUGCACUUUUUGUGUGAUUUUGAAAUAUAUCUUAAUGACAGGAUCACAUUACAAAUUCUCUUCCUCUAGCCACUUCCCAUUAUUUGAGCUUGUUUUGAUCAGAUAGGACGCUGUUGA